AAAAAGAAAAUUGGGAUUACUCUCGCGUCUCUCUCUUCUUCAACCACCGUAUCGGAAGAUAUUUCUCCACCGCCAGUUUCGAUCUCUUUUCAUUUCUCUUAUAUAUCAAUCGCUUUUCUCCAUGGAAGAAAUUGACAAGGUUGUAGAAGAAGUGGAAAAAGUGAAAAAAGAAUGGAACGAAGCUUAUAGUAAAACACAAGAUCACAUUAAGGCAAUUGGAGAAUACGGUAAAUCAGGAAGAUCUAAAGAAGAUGAGAAAAAUUCACUUGCUAGAUUGAAUGGUAUUGCUCAAGAUGGUUUAUCGUUUCUUUCUUCUUUGGAUUUCAAUCUCGAUCUUCUCGCUCCACAAUUACCUACUCAACAAGAAGUUGAUUCUGCUCGAAAAUUGCUUCAAUCAUGGAAAACCCUAACUCAAAGUUUGCGGCAAAGUUUGAGGAAUGCUAAUCUACAAGCGAAAGCUAACUUAAGGAAAGCUGCUCAGGAGGAGAGAGAACUACUUCUAGGAGGUGGAGAAGAGUCCACAGUCCGCAGACGCAAUUUGCAGACAAAAGCUGGAAUGACAUCUGCGGCAGAGAGCAUCACAGAAAGCCUCCGACGUACUCGUCAAUUGAUGGUUCAGGAGGUUGAAAGAAACACAAGCACACUUAUGACUCUUGAUGAAUCAACAGGAGUGUUAAAAAAGGCUGAAAGUGAAUAUAAAGGACACCGCUCAUUGUUGAUGAGAACUAGAAAUCUUCUCUCCACAAUGCAACGUCAAGAUAUCAUAGACAGGGUGAUACUUGGGGUUGGCUUUUUGUUGUUCUCCCUUGCCGUUCUUUAUGUUGUUUCCAAGCGGAUUGGAAUACUUACGUUGCAGAGAAAGGUUACCGGGGCUAUAAAGGCUGGCAUGGUAGGGCAGGCAGUGCAAAGACCACAAGCUGUUGCAGAUGACAUGAAUCUUCAUCAAGUCAGAGUUGAUCAUGUUCAUAAUAUAGAGGCUCCUUUACAACAACAAAUACAUGAUGAACUUUGAUACAUUACCAAGAAUCUGUGUUUUGUUGUCACCAUUUAUUUAUAUUAAGAGAGAUUAUACACCUUCACACACAACUUUAGCAUCUUCCUAAUUGCUUAAAAUGUAAAAGUAUUUGUCAUCUUGUGAGUCGAAAAGCCAUACUUUUUUUACUUAGAUGGUAAUUAGCAGGCUUUAUUAAGCUUGAUUUAUGAGGUCUAUUUUGAACCCUUUUUUCUGUUAGUUAUUUUAGUUUAGGCUAUAGGUCUCAGAAGAGAUAUCAUACUUGUUGGCAUAGUGAAAAUGUUUAUACAAGAAGUGAAAGACACUUUUGAAAAGAACGUGUUGUUUCUGCUUGAUGUUUCAUCGAGUCUUUUUCAUGCUCUAACGUGGGUGCAUGAAGCCAUGAAUUGCAAUUAGAAGGAGUGGAUUUCAUCUUUGAUGCGGAAAAAAGUGGUGGAUGAUUUUCAAAGAGGGAGGGACGAUAUCACUGAGCAUGGGGCUGUUAUAGACAGAUGUAAAUGUAUUUUUUGUUUGUAUUUCACAAACUCUCAUGUUCAUUUGAUGAAUGAAAUGCUAUAAGCAUCACUUUGUCAAAAACAAAAAAAACGAAUGAAGAUUUAGGGUUUUUCAUGACAGGAUUGUUUCCUCUCCGACAUCUUCUCCAUUUGUUAAGACUUCUCCCUGCUCUAUAAUGUCACUCUUAGAUACAUCAUACAUCAGAUUAUAUGUUUAAAAUUACCUUCUUAUAACUAACAUCAAACUUAUCAAGAAAAUCGUUUGAUUCCUAGGUGAAACGAUUUCUUAGGAACAUGAGGGUUAACACUAGAAAAAAAAAAAAAACAAA